UCAGCAUCCUCCCUUUAUUCCGGGUUUUUUGUUUGCUUUUGUCCUGACGCACAAAACAAAAACUCCUCCGUGGAGUGCUGCGGCGAGGCAAGUGUAAGCGGCAGAGCGGUGAUGACAGAGGACAGGUGUGCCAAAGUGGAGCAGUAUGUUGGUGAAAUUAAAGGUGGCCUGAGACCAGCCAUGAAACUCACAGUCAUAGGGAUGGUACACUCCAACCCAAAGAGCUUUUCAGUGACUCUGCUCUGUGAUCCAGUGGAUUCAAACAAAGAUGUUGGGAUGUUAUUUACAGUUAAUUUCAGUGAGAAAUCCAUCACCCGAAAUGCACGAAUUGGUGGGAAAUGGGGAAGAGAAGAGAAGGCUAUUCCGUACUUCCCAUUUACAGCAGGCGAUACGUUCAAGAUGGAGUUCUUAUGUGAACACCAGCAAAUACGAGUCUUGCUUGAUGGACGGCAGCUCUGUGACUUCACUCACCGCAUUCAGCCUCUGAACUUGGUUAAAGCUUUGCAGAUCUCAGGGGACAUCAAGCUUACCAAAGUGGCUUGAAAAAAAGGAGACCACAAUAUCACCCGAGGACAGAGGAAAAUGUACUUUUUCUUGUCUGAGAAAUGUUUAAUCUCUUUCCUCUGGUUAAAUCUGGAGAGUGGGAACUGUAUUUUUUUGAUUUGCUGAUGUGUUUGAGAUAUAUGCUUUUUUUCUCAUACGCAGUCAGCAAUUGCAGAGCUAUGGCUGGUCUGGGUAAAUCUGAGAUAUACUUUUGGCCUCCCAAACUGCAAGACUGAUAAUGCCGUGCAGUAUCUCAGAUCCUUAUGAUCCCUUAACCCCCCCACGCGUGCCAGGUGGCAGAGCUCAGUCCUCUGCAGUGGGGUGGCUGUUAGCCUUGUGACUAGAACUGGCAUUAUGUAGGUGGUGAGACUGAGAAGAGAGAAGGAGGAGACUUUCUUGUAAGUCAAUAAGGGAAUCUGUUGGUCCCCAGCAAGGGGGCCCAUUGUCGGGAGGGAAUUGCUUCUUCUGGAAGCUCUGCUCAAUCAACACAAAGCCAUCUGGGCUUCCGAGUACAGAUUGCCUUACCAACAUCCCUGUCUCUUCCAGGUAGCUUUUCCUGAAUUGAAAGGUUUCAACAGCCGUGGAUUUCACAGUCUUCUCUGGACCAGGCCUAGGAAGUGGUAUCUGUAGCUGAAACUGCAUUGCCCAUUUUUGUAUAUAAUGAAAACUGCAUCUUUGCUGGCAAACUUCUUUAAAUAAACUCCAUUAAAUAUUUGAA